UGUCUGCGGUAGCCCCCAGUCUAUACAGUAUCACGACCAACUUCAGUGUAAAGCAGCACGGACACAGUGGAUGUCUGUCCGGAUGGAGGGCAAACCGAUUACUUGAUAUUAUCAUUAUCCGUGGCUCCUGGUGGAAGAGCAUUUUAGGCAUGUGGACAUUGUCAUUAUUUUAUUAACACGCGGCUCACGACGGAGCGGUAUUCCGGCGAUGUGAUCAUGACACCAUUUCGUUGCAAACAGUCAGCGUGAUUUGCUAUGGUGAUACUACGAGCUAACCCGAAGCUAACAGCAGCAGGAUUGUUUUGGGAGAUACCAUUUUAAAGAACUCAGGCGGCCACACAUGAAUUAGACACUUUUUGUGAAUUUUCAUCAAGCUGGAAUACGAAAGGGAAUGUCUAACCAAGGAGUUAGGAGAAAUGGCCCAGUAAAGCUGCGGUUGACAGUCUUGUGUGCAAAGAACCUGGCAAAGAAAGACUUCUUCCGGUUGCCAGAUCCUUUUGCUAAAGUGGUGGUGGAUGGCUCAGGACAAUGCCACUCUACAGAUACUGUGAGAAAUACGCUGGACCCCAAGUGGAAUCAGCAUUAUGAUCUAUACAUUGGAAAGGCCGACUCCAUCACCAUCAGUGUAUGGAACCACAAGAAGAUCCACAAAAAACAAGGAGCGGGUUUCCUAGGAUGUGUUCGCCUCCUGUCUAAUGCCAUUAAUAGACUCAAAGACACUGGCUAUCAGAGACUGGACCUGAAUAAGUUGGGCCCAAAUGACAAUGAUACUGUGAGGGGACAGAUAGUAGUGAGUCUUCAGUCCAGGGAUCGCAUCGGGACUGGAGGGCCAGUGGUGGACUGCAGUCGUCUGUUUGACAAUGACUUACCUGAUGGUUGGGAAGAGAGGAGGACCGCCUCUGGGCGCAUACAAUACCUGAACCACAUCACACGUACGACACAAUGGGAGAGACCAACCAGGCCAGCAUCAGAGUACUCCAGCCCAUCAGGGCGUCCUCUGAGCUGUGUGGUGGAUGAAAACACGCCAGUGAUGACACCUGUUAAUGGGGCUGAGGCCAGCGGCCCACCAGGUGAACACCGGAUCCAGGAGAGGCGGGUUCGAUCUCAACGGCACCGCAAUUACAUGAGUCGAACACACCUCCAUACACCACCUGACCUGCCUGAGGGCUACGAGCAAAGAACAACUCAGCAAGGUCAGGUCUACUUCCUCCACACACAAACUGGAGUCAGCACGUGGCAUGACCCCCGGGUGCCCAGGGACCUGAGUAAUGUGAACUGUGAGGAGCUGGGCCCCCUGCCGCCAGGCUGGGAGAUCAGAAAUACCGCCACAGGCCGUGUCUACUUUGUAGACCACAACAAUCGGACAACGCAAUUCACAGACCCACGAUUGUCUGCUAACCUGCAUCUUGUACUCAACCCAAGUCCAAAUGGAUCCCGCGUGGCCAUGGACAGCCAAAACACUAACCUCAGUCACCCGAGUCAGCUGAAGGAGCAGGUCGGUCCCGGAGGUCCUCAGCAGCCUCUGUCCCCCGCUCAGCUGCCUGAAGAGGCCGAGUGCCUGACGGUGCCCAAGUACAAGAGGGACCUGGUGCAGAAGCUGAAGAUUCUGCGGCAGGAGCUGUCACAGCAACAACCCCAGGCCGGCCACUGUCGCAUCGAGGUCUGCCGUGAAGAAAUCUUUGAGGAGUCGUAUCGACAGGUGAUGAAGAUGCGCCCGAAAGACCUCUGGAAAAGACUGAUGAUCAAGUUCAGAGGAGAGGAAGGACUGGAUUAUGGCGGGGUAGCAAGGGAAUGGCUAUACCUGCUGUCCCACGAGAUGCUGAACCCAUACUACGGCCUGUUCCAGUACUCCAGAGAUGACAUCUACACUUUGCAGAUUAACCCUGACUCUGCUGUCAACCCGGAGCACCUGUCGUAUUUCCACUUUGUGGGUCGUAUCAUGGGUAUGGCAGUUUUCCACGGCCACUACAUUGACGGAGGCUUCACGCUGCCCUUUUACAAACAGCUGCUAGGAAAACCGAUCACACUGGAUGAUAUGGAGUCCGUUGACCCUGAUCUCCACAACAGCCUCGUCUGGAUCCUGGACAACGACAUCACAGGCGUCCUGGACCACACAUUCUGCGUAGAGCACAACGCAUACGGAGAAAUCAUUCAACACGAGCUCAAACCCAACGGCAAGAGCCUCCCAGUUUCAGAGGACACCAAGAAGGAGUAUGUCAGAUUAUAUGUGAACUGGCGUUUCCUGCAUGGCAUCGAGGCUCAGUUUUUGGCCCUGCAGAAAGGCUUCAACGAGGUUAUCCCACAGCACCUGCUCAAAGCCUUCGACGAGAAGGAACUGGAGCUGAUUGUGUGUGGACUGGGAAAGAUCGACAUCUCUGACUGGAAGUCCAACACCCGUCUGAAGCACUGCACCCCCGACAGCAACAUCGUCAAGUGGUUUUGGAAAGCUGUGGAGUCGUUUGAUGAGGAGAGGAGGGCCCGGCUGCUGCAGUUUGUGACCGGGUCAUCCAGAGUCCCACUGCAAGGCUUCAAAGCUUUACAAGGUGCUGCAGGGCCCAGACUCUUCACCAUCCAUCAGAUUGAUGCCAACACCAACAAUCUACCCAAAGCCCAUACCUGCUUUAAUCGGAUCGACAUUCCACCCUACGAGAGCUACGACAAGCUAUAUGACAAGCUGCUGACAGCGAUCGAGGAGACCUGCGGCUUCGCGGUGGAGUGAGGGAUUUGGUGGACGGUGUGUGUGUGUGUGUGUGUGUGGGUGGGUGCGCAUGUGUAACUGUGCAGGACUCGGACGAUCACUGUCAGUGCAGACGGGCUCAGUUGGAGCCUCCUGGACCAUCCUGCAGUCUUCCUCCUCAGUGCUCUCCACAUUCUUCCAUUAUCGAUAUGUGUGUGAACAGCUGCUACAGUCAACCCGCUGUCUUAUUAUUGUAUAGUUUUUUUUUUUUUUAUUCUUUUGGUGCAGUUCUUGUGACUAACACUGAAAUGCAGAGCUGCAGCGUUCUUGUAGUCAUUUAGGUCUGUAUCAUCGUUAUUUAAGUGGGCAGUUUUUGUCAGAAAAAGUCCCUCGGUGGAAACGACUGGCUCAGUCUGGUCAUCUUAGACACAACUCAACACCUUUUUAAAAAAAAAAAAAAUCUAAAUUCAUCCCUAAGCAUCUUUGACACACGUCACUAUUUAGUUUUGCAGUCGAAGCUGAAUCGAUCCUCGUCAUGCUACUGAAUCUGAAACACAUGCGUUUGUUCUGCAGGUAGCCACGUCUUGCCCUUAGUAGCCAUUUGAACCUCAGCAAACACACCUUCCAACCCUGACGGCUGCAGAGUUGGUGAGCUUCAUCUUGUUGGAGCGCCACAAAUUCAUCCUACCUCAGUGUUACCGCUUUGAUAUCUGGAGGGUUUCAUUCCAAAAUGGUUAAUUUUAGGAAAAAAAAAAGUCAGUCAUUUCUGUGAGUCCUUAGAGUAGAAUAUCGUUUUCAUACCAGCAGUCAUUUUGUACCUGUAAAAGCGGAUGCUGUAUCAUUUUGAAAUGGAACUCGCAGAAUGACUCGUCGUAGGUCUGAUGUUUUGUGGCGAGCUUGUGGUGUUUUUUUUUUUUUUUUCUCCCUAUUUAUUUUUUCUUUUAAAGAUGAGCGACCGACUCUGGUGAUAAAGAAGGUAUUGUCCUGAAUACGCUGCACUGUGUGGCCACAGCUCGUGUAAAGGAGUGUGUGUGUGUGUGUGUGUGUGUAUGCAAACACAGCUUGUAGAUGACUGACCCUGCGUCUCAACGAGCACAAUCUCCUGUAUUCGAUGCUGCAGAGCUGUUUGAACCUCACCAUUGAAGCCUGGCUGGUUCGUCUUCCUUUUCUCACACUUAGUGUCUUCAGCGCAGUUUUUACUCGUGUGUGUGCGUGCGUGCGUGCGUGCGUGCGUGUGUGCAUUUUUAUCCAAACCCAACACCGUUCCUGUCAGAUCAGAUGCAGAAGAACGAUGUCCAAAUAUACAUAAGACCAGGCUUGAUUUUUUUUUGGGGGGGGGGGGGGGGGGGAGCUACUCAAGGCAGGCGUUGGUUUUUUUUGUUUGUUUUUUCAGUCACAGCAUCGGUUUAAACAAGUAUUUUCUUCUUUCGUGUCACUUUAGAGCACUUUAAAAACUGAGCAGUGAUGAGUGCUUUCUUCAUGUUAGAUUGAGUAUAUCACGUUUCAUUUGCUAUACAACUACAUUAGUAAUAUACAGAGUAAAAAAAAAGUAUAUAUACACCUGUAAUUUUGAGUAUAUAUGUACAAAUACAUAGCUAUUUUGUAUAUUGUUGCUUGAUCUUUCUGUUUCAGUUCAAAUGCAAGCAUGUUGGUGUCUGUCAAAGACCUCUUUGCAUUCUCAGGUGAAGUUGUCCUUUUUGGUUUUGUUGUUUUUUGGUAGGUUUUUUUUUGAACAAUUGGGCUGUUAUGUGAUGAGGGUUUAAACUGGUUUUAGUGGGAAAUCCUAAAAAAGUAUGUCUAGGGUGUAAACAUGAUUUUCUUCCCUCAUAAGAGCACACGUUUUUGCAGAUCUGGUUGCAAACGAAAAUGAUUUCAUGCACAGUCGAUUAGCAAGUUGUCGGUGGAGGUGUAGUUCUGUUUGGUGGUUUAUUUAUUUAUUAUUUUUUUUUGUUUUUGCCACAUGAAGACAUGCAUUUUUCCUUGUCAGUGCAACAGUAACAAAAACUGCAAUUGCAAAGAUGUUAUUAUGCAUCAUUUCUUCAAUUCGCAGGAUAAAUCUUCACAAUUAAUAUAUUACAACAAAUAAACAGCAUUUUCAAUCACUAGAGGAAGCAGCGAUCUCGAUUCAGGCCACUUUCCACCUCAUCAUCCAGGAACAAACCUUUAUUAUUCCCACAAAUCCAUAAAUAUCUUUCGGCCUUUAUGUACAUGUGAAGAAACGGACCGACUGCUGUUGGAGCCACAAAUAUCGCACACAAUGCAAUGAAAACGUUCAACCAAAUGAAAAACCCCUGCAGCAUUAAUGAGCACCGUAACCCUCAUCUGUAGAAGAUAAAAACCUAUUUAUUCACAGUUAUCACUUGUAAUAAACUCUCAAAUUUAGGGGGAAAAAUCCUAUAAAUGUCCUUUUUUUAAAAAUUAAAAAAAAAAUUUUUUUUUUAAUUAAUAUAUGGACUGCCUGUGUUUAUUUGCAACCAUGAUGCUGAUACUCAUUUAAUGUUUUCCUUUUGUGUUCAUGAGACAAAGCAGAGUCGUCUUACAGUUAAAGUGUACAGUUAAAGAAAAAUGUAUUUGAUUUUAUUCAAGGCAGAAAUGAAAUGUAUAAAGAUGUUUUUUUUUUUGUCUUUUUUUUGGCACACAUUAUGCAUAUGUACUUGGGCUCCAAGUCAUAAUCAGACACUCUCUUCUAUUUACCAAAUAGUUAAUGGACUGACUGAUUCUUUUUUUCUUUUUUUUUAAGUGUAGAUACAUAUAUAAACCAGACACAUUCUUAAUAUGCACACACAUCCAUAUAUGUUUGUCCACAGUCUGCUUCUGCUCUUUGUUGUUCUCUGGGUGGUUCUCCGGUGCUUCCAGACGAGGGGAAAUCAGAAACCCCCGGACAUUAGCGACGGCUUAAAAAAAAAACAAAACAAAAAAAAAAAUAAAAACAAAACAUUUUUCACCAUUAAAGCCUGUAGUGACGUGAUUUUUAGUCCUGUCUGAUGGAAAAUGUAGUCGGCUAUGAUCAAAUAGAAGAUAAGACGGCGUCGAAUGCAGGCUGUAAUCUCAUCACUCGUGGCGUCUAGUUUCAUUUGAUGGUUUGAUCGGUCACAAACCAUGUAAGUCCUUCCCAACACAUAAAAUAUGCAUUUACAGGUUUAUGUGCAAAGUUCUGUGUGUCUGUGUGUGAAUGACUUUUGAUUGAAUACAGGAAAACAGAAAAAAGUCUUAGAUUUUUUUUUUUUUUUUUAAAGCGCACCGUGUUUUAUUUCUACCUGUUUUUGUAUUUAUUAUUACAGUUCAUGUGUUCAUAGUUUUUCACAUCAGCUGCUCUGUGAGCUUGUAACUGACACCUGUACGUAAGGACAAUAAAGAAGCAGAGUCAUAAACUUCUUGUACCCCUGCAGAAAGCUGAGCAAUAAAACUAUGCUGUUUGGACCGCACAGCAUUAUGUUUUAUAGAA